UCUUUACCAAAUUUAUUUUUUAUUCUAUGAAAAAAAAACAAACAAUGAUGUGGAUAGAUUCUGUUGCUCAGAUGCCCCAACUGAGCAAGAAUCAUAAACUGUGUGUUAAACAGAGAUGUUUUUCUGGUCUUUCCGGUCUUGUUUCGGCCCCUUCUUUUAACGUACUACAUUACACAUUGGGGGUAAAUGGUGUAGGAAUAUACGAGGAGAUUGAAACAUGAUAGAAUAGAAAUAGGAUGCAUAUUAGGAAAUGCUUGAGAUAUUUGUGUAUAGACAACUUGGCAUGGUGGGUCAUAAUUGAACUUUAUUUUAUUUGGAAGUUAAAUAUAAAGGUUUCAUAAAGUCAUCGACUGGUUUUCUAUGCACCUAAUUUCCUACCACAUGGGUGUUUAUCAAUACAAGAUGUGCAUUUGACAAAAAAAAUUGAAUCUUGGGGCUUACUGAUCUUCAAAUGAGGAAAUUUCUUGGGGUGUUUAGAAAUGUGCCCCCUACCCAAAAUAAAUUGGUCAAGCCUAUAGAAAGAUCUGUUUAUGUAAUUGGUAACCCAAAUUGCCCCUACCCUCCUCCAUACCAGAAAAUAAUAAUAAUAGUAGCAAAACAUAAACGUACCUCACUGCAUUUUGUGCAUAUUCAGCCAUGUGGGGUUGAACCUCAUUUAUUACAUUUAUUAAACACUGCAAGAAGUAGUUCAAUGCCUCGGUACUGAAAGAACAAGAAAUCCUAGCAUUAUUGGUCAAAUUUACAUGAUAAACUACUACUUACUCCAUAUAUUAACUGCAAUUCUUUCUUUCUUUCCUUUUUUUUUGAGGGGGGUCCUUUUAUCUUUGACUUGCUUAGUCAAUUUUAUGGCCACCAAGAUUUCAAAUUUAUUUCUUUUUGGUGUUUGAAAAGUGGAUGGAGAGAGUGAAGAAAGUUUUAUGUUCUCAUUUUUUGUGGUGGGAUAGAGAUUUCUCAGUAGCACUUAGUGAUGGAGGCACCAUUGAGUUUGUAUGGACCCUAUUUCUUUUAUCAUCAGAAAUCAUGAAUUUGCAUUUGAUGGGACAAAAAAGUCAUUGUCUUCUGACAUUUCCCUUUUUAAAUUUAAAUGGUUUCUAUUUGGAUCUACAUCUCCUGUAGAAUUAUACCUCCAUGAUCAGUCCAUCUCAGCUCAUCUUGUUUUUAUUCUCUUUAAGAUCUUGACUUUUAUGCUUGUUGCCAAUAAAAAAAAAUUAUCACUACUCAGAUCCUUUCAAUAUGUUCUACUUCUGAUUGAUAAUUCUAACUAUAAGACAAAAACAUGGAAAAAAACAUCCGCAAUUUUCGUUACCAACUAGCUUGAUUUUCUCCAGUUAUUUCUGAUGUAUUUGCAGAUGUGUCUUAUAUUUCAAACUGUUAUCCUUUGUCAGUUUAGGUUACAAUCAGUGCCGUGUGUUGCUUGUUUAUACCAUGUGCAGACUAGAUGGGGCAUUAUUUAUGUCACGUGAUAAGUCGACCUUUAGCAAUCACACAUUUUUUUGUGUGGGGAUAUGUUUAACAUUAGUAAUCUAAGAAAAGAAUAGCAUCCAAUAAGACAUACUGUUUGCUAAGAUCUGUCGUCGUUGCAUUCUUGUUCACUCUGACAUGUGUUCUUUGUAUAUUAAUUAAUCGCGCUAUCAAAGUUCAGUGUUCUUACCUCAAAUGGGAGGAUGAAUGCUGUAGUUUGGAGUGAUUUACAUCAGCUGUGCUUGAAUGGAAGUUUGGACAGCAAAAGUAGGAUUGAAAUCAAACAAUUUUUUGAAAGAAUCUUAAAACAAGUGCAGUCACAGACUGAUGUUUGAGAGAUAAUGACGUAUAAUGGUCUCGAGAGCUGCAUUCAGUCUUUUGAUAAUGAUAGUGGCACCAGCAGAGGGGAUGGCUGUGUCACUGACUCCCAUGACGAGGAUGACUCGAGCUGCUCGUCCAGCAAUAAUGCUUCUGGAUCGUUCUCCUCUAUCUGGACGAUAUCGAAGAAAGACGAUCAGUGUCAAGAUGAGUGGAAUUUCACAGCAACCCCUAGACACAUCCUUGCAAAAGAAAAGCCACAGCAUACCAGCCAAUGCUCAGAUAUCGAAACAAUUAAGGAAAAGUUUGCUAAGCUGUUGCUCGGGGAGGAUAUUACCGGUGGGGCAAAGGGAAUCUCCACAGCAUUAGCGCUGUCAAAUGCUAUCAAUAAUCUAGCAGCUUCCGUCUUUGGUGAGCUUUGGAAGUUAGAGCCGUUGACGGAUGAGAGUAAGAGCAAAUGGCAAAGAGAAAUGGAUUGGCUGCUUGCCCCAACUAACUAUAUGGUCGAGUUGGUUCCUGCAAAGCACAACGAUGCUAAUGGCCGGACAAUAGAGAUCAUGACUCCAAAAGCUCGAGCGGACAUCAACAUGAAUCUUCCAGCUCUGCGGAAAUUGGAUUCCAUGCUCAUUGAAACCCUCGACUCGAUGGUGAAUACAGAAUUCUGGUAUGCUGAGGUGGGCAGCCGAGCUGAAGGAAGGAGCCGGAGCUCUGGACAGAGCAAGCGGUGGUGGCUUCCUUCCCCGCAAGUGCCCACAGUCGGCCUCUCAGAGAUAGAAAGAAAGAGAUUGCUGCAUCAGGGAAAAUUGAUCUUUCAAGUUUUCAAAGCUGCCAAAGCCAUCAACGAGAACAUCUUGGCUGAUAUGCCGAUCCCUGCCAACAUCAGAGACGCGCUCCCAAAGUCCCCGAAGACGAGCCUUGGAGAGGAACUGUACAAAAUACUGUCUGCAGAGUGUCUGCCUACCGAGGAUAUGAUCAGCUGCCUGAAUCUGAAAUCCGACGUCGGUGCUCUCGAUGCCAUCAACCGGUUGGAAGGUGCUAUAUUCGCAUGGAAAGAGAGAGAAAUGGAGCAAGACAAUGUCAAGUCCCCCAUGCGAAGGUCGUGGUCUUUCGUUUUAGAUCCAUUGUCCGAACUCGAUAAGACGGAAGCAUUGAUUCACCGAGCCGAACUACUAGUGCUGCAGCUCAAGAGCAAGUAUCCAAAUCUUCCUCAGACAUUCUUAGAUGUCACAAAAAUCAGAUAUGGAAUGGAUGUUGGACACUCGAUUCUUGAAGCCUACUCCCGAGCUUUAUCCAACACAGCAUUCAGCAUUCUGUCACGGCUAGGAGACAUUCUUCAAGAAGACAUUGUGAGCAACCCCAACUCUCCGAUUGCGAUGUCGCAGCUCGUUGGAGCUAGGAUCCCGGGGAUCUCGGACAGCCCGAUGCUCGACCGUGUCCGGCACUCCCUCAUCAAUCAGCUGAACUCCACAGAUGCGAAAUCUUGCAACUCCAUUGUUGUCUCUGACGACGCUUCCGACGUGGAGGCUCGUAACGAUGGAGCUAAGAUUACCUCGGUGAGCGCGACGCCAAGCCGCCGAGCUUGGUGCGUCGGCAGAAAUGCUUGCCAAUUUAUGUCUGGUAGAUAUGACUGAUACGAACUCAUAUUCUGUCAUGUAAAUAACACACCAUGUUUGUGUCGUGCAGCAGGUUAUUAUGUCUUGAGUUACAUUUGAAACUCAAAGAUAAUAUAUUCAUAUAUGUGUCACGGUCAAAUCUUCUUAUUAGUAAAUUCUAAAUUUAUGUA